AUGAGGAUGUCUGUCUCGGGGCCGCCGCUGCAGUGGGCGACGCAGCAGCAGCCAGCAGCAAGCAGCUGCACCACCGCAAUUCCAAAGUGCUCCUCUUGCAUGCAGUGCAGCCCCACCUGCAGCAGCAGCAGCAGCAGCAGCAGCAGCAGAAGCAAAGGCAGCAGCAACGUACAGGGUCGUAGAGGAACAAAAGCAGACAGAGAGACACGAAAGACAAGUGCAGCAGCAGAGAAGCACAUGGAGAGCCUGCGAGACAGGCAAAGCAACGUGUCGUAG